AUGAGUGUCGCGAAAAGCAAGGGAGACGAGAAGAAGGCGAAGAAAGCGAAGAAGGAGCAGAAGGCGCAGGAGAAGAGGGAUAAGGAGGAGCAGAAGGCGAAUGCGACAGUUGAUACGUUGGGGGCGAAUGACGAUUUUAUCGCUUUCGACUUCUCCGACGAAGAAGACUCGGACGACUCGUCAACCUCAGACUCUGACAGCGACAGCGAAUCUGAAGAGGCGUCUGACGAGUCGAACGAGAAAGGCUUCCUCGGCCGCGCAGCAGACAAAGUCAAGAAAUUCAUGCAAGACACAAAAUCCACCCUCUCCCUAAAACGCAAACGCGACUCCGACACCUCCGAAUCCGACUCCGCCAAACGUGCACGAAAAGCCGGACACCCCUGGACCAUCAACAAAUCCUACUCCAACGAAAAAGAAGUCGCCCGAAUCCUCCACCGCGAAAUCCUCGAUUUCGUAGAAUACCUAGGUCCAACCCCCGAAGAACACGAAUUACGACAUCUCGUCGUCGAGCGCAUCCGUGCAGUCGUUAGGAAGACUUGGCCGCAAACCGAGGUACGUGUGUUUGGAUCGUAUGAUACGCGGCUUUAUUUACCGACGAGUGAUAUCGAUCUCGUGGUGUUGUCUACUGGGGCUGUGGUGUAUGAGAAGAAGUCGCAUUUGUACCAGUUGUCGCAGGCGCUUACACGCGCUGGAAUUGCGCAGAAGAUGCAAGUUAUCGCUGGUGCGAGCGUGCCGAUUAUCAAAUUUGUCGACACCCUCACACAGAUCUCGGUCGAUGUUUCCUUUAACAAACCCAGUGGUCUCAUCGGUGCGCAGGUCAUCAAGGGAUAUUGCCAGUCCAUGCCGGCACUGCGACCAUUGGUGUUGGUGAUCAAGUGGUUACUCCAACAGCGAGACCUGAAUGAAGUAUACACAGGCGGUUUAGGCUCCUACGCCAUCAUCUGCAUCUGCGUCUCAUUCCUCCAACUCCACCCAAAACUCAGCACCCACCAAAUCUCAGCCUCCGAAAACCUCGGCGUCCUCCUCAUGGAAUUCUUCGAACUCUACGGUUCGCGAUUCAACUACGACACAGUCGGUAUCUCGAUCGCGGGGAACGGUGGUAAAGGCGCGUAUUUUCGGAAAGCGGCACGGGGGUGGAUUAAUCAUGGACAGACGUAUUUGUUGAGUAUUGAGGAUCCGAGUGAUGAGGGGAAUGAUAUUGCGAAGGCGAGUCGGGGCAUUAUGAGGGUUAAGGCUGCGUUUAGUGGGGCAUAUAGUUUGUUGCAGAGGAGGAUGUUUGAGGUUCAUGAAGUCCAUGCUGAGGGUCUUGGCUCGAAACGGGGAGGG